AUAAAAGUUGCUGCCCAGAAUCGCCAUCUCUCUCACCAAACGAUUCCAUUGACUGGGAUGGAAUGUCAUGAACGGUGGUAUUCAAUGUAACCAAUGGAGCAUGGAUCUUUGGAGUUGUGUUUAUGAACAUCGCUGCCUGAGCAUCCUUUACCAUCUUGGCCAGAUCUGGAUUGGAUAUCUUUAAAGUUGGUGAGGCUGCAUUAGGUACUGCCCCUGCCUUUUGCUUGUCAAUAGGAACAAGAGCAAGAUCCUCGAUAUUUGAUCGGGCAUCUACGUUCUUCAUGGACUGCUGUUGUUUUCCACUGCCUAGUGAAUUGGACAGCCUAAUUGUUGAAACUAAAUCAUGAUCAACAUGUUGUAUGUUCAUCUCAACAUCCCCCAAUGUAGGUUCAUUUAGCAAAACAUCAAAGAGUUAGAACACCUGAGGUUGUUUGCGUCUAUAACCUGAUUUGUGAGACCUCGAGAAUUCUUUUAGUUAGGUGACUUGUUUGAUCGAUUUACUACCGUGAAGUCACCACCAUUAGAUUGUUGCACCCCUUUAGCACCUGACGUAAAAACAUCAGUUACUUGUGUACGAGCAACAACAGAUUUCACUGUAUCGUGAGUACCUGCAUAGAAGCUUCAAUUGUCUCAGUUCCCUUCUUCAGUGCACCUGUUAUCUGCUGGUUAUUAGUCGUCUCCUAUCCACAAUUAAUGAGCCCAACACCUUCCUUAAAACCUGUUGCAGCUGCACUUCCCAAAACAACAUCUUCAAGUUCUUGCUCCUCAUUUUGCACUGCAGUAGCUAUUAACUCAGCUGGUUUUUCAGCAACUUGUGCAACAUUAGCUUUAAUAACCCCAACAAUACAUCGAUUACCAGUAGCAUUCAAUGCAACAUUAGCCUCCAAUUGUGAACCUAUAGAAACUGGUCAUUUUACAGCUUUGUCAACUUGUCCUAGUACUGCUGCUGCUGCAUUAUUCUUGGUAAAAAUUGCUCGAACAGCUGCAGCUAAAGCACUGUCAUCCAUCAGCCCAUGUUCAAAAGCUGAACCCUUAGAACUUCCAGCUAAAUCUCGAUCAACCACAGUAUUUUUUGCAGCUUUCAAGUCCUGAGCAACUCUAGCAAGGGCUUCAGCAACUGGGACAAUUGCACUAGAAACAAGAUU